AUGGCCUCCGCCGCCGGCGCCGUGUCCGCCGCCAUCACCCUCCUCGUCCUCCUACCCCUCGCCGCCGCCUCCGACUCCGACCACAAGUACCAAGCAGAGGAGCCUGUGACGCUCUGGGUGAACAAGGUUGGUCCGUACAACAAUCCCCAGGAGACAUACAACUACUACAGCCUCCCAUUUUGCCAUGCGUCAGAAAACCAUGUGCAUAAGUGGGGAGGACUUGGGGAGGUCCUUGGUGGGAAUGAACUCAUUGACAGCCAGAUCGACAUAAAGUUCAGAAAGAAUGUUGAUAAGGCCACAAUUUGUUCACUUGACCUGGAUCUUGUCAAGGCUAAGCAAUUGUCAGAUGCGAUUGAGAACUCAUAUUGGUUUGAAUUUUUCAUUGAUGAUUUGCCUUUGUGGGGUUUUGUUGGAGAGGCAGACAGAAACAAUGAUAACAAAUAUUUCCUAUUCACCCACAAGAAUAUCGUCAUCAGAUACAACGGCAAUCAGAUUAUCCAUGUUAAUCUUACUCAAGAAAGCCCAAAGCUUAUUGAUGUGAACAAGGCAUUGGACAUGACAUAUUCUGUCAAAUGGGAACCAACAAACAUAACAUUUGCUCACCGCUUUGAUGUGUAUCUGGACUAUCCUUUCUUUGAACACCAGAUUCACUGGUUCUCAAUUUUCAAUUCUUUCAUGAUGGUUAUCUUUCUCACUGGACUAGUGUCAAUGAUACUGAUGCGGACUCUAAGAAAUGAUUAUGCAAAGUAUGCCCGUGAUGAUGAUGAUAUUGAAACUCUGGAACGAGAUGUCAAUGAAGAAUCUGGAUGGAAGCUUGUACAUGGUGAUGUUUUCCGGCCUCCUUGCAAUCUAGUUCUUCUUUUAGCUCUUGUUGGUAUUGGUACACAGUUGGCAGCACUGAUUCUACUAGUGAUUUUGUUGGCAAUCAUUGGAAUGCUGUACAUUGGGAGAGGAGCUAUUGUCACAACAUUCAUUGUUUGCUAUGCUCUUACUUCAUUCAUCUCUGGAUAUGUCAGUGGUGCACUAUACUCACGGCAUGGAGGGAAAAACUGGAUCAAGGCGAUGGCCAUGACAGCAUCACUUUUCCCAUUUAUGUGCUUUGGAAUUGGCCUAGUGCUUAACACUAUUGCUAUUUUCUAUGGAUCAUUAGCUGCCAUACCAUUUGGUACGAUGGUGGUUGUUUUCAUCCUGUGGGCCUUCAUCUCUUUCCCUCUUGCCCUUCUGGGAACUGUUGUUGGUAGAAACUGGAGUGGCGCCCCAAACAAUCCCUGUAGGGUAAAGACUAUUCCUCGACCUAUUCCUGAGAAGAAAUGGUACCUCACACCAUCUGUCAUUGCGCUUAUGGGAGGACUGCUUCCUUUUGGUAGUAUCUUUAUUGAGAUGUACUUUGUCUUCACAUCCUUCUGGAACUAUAAGGUAUACUAUGUUUACGGGUUCAUGUUGCUGGUCUUUCUAAUCCUCAUAAUUGUCACCAUAUGUGUAACAAUUGUCGGAACAUAUUUCUUGCUAAAUGCGGAGAACUACCACUGGCAAUGGACUUCAUUCUUCUCUGCUGCUUCCACUGCUCUGUAUGUUUAUCUCUACUCCAUAUAUUAUUACCACAUGAAGACCAAGAUGUCAGGAUUCUUCCAGACAAGCUUCUACUUCGGCUACACUCUAAUGUUCUGCCUAGGUUUAGGAACACUAUGCGGUGCCGUCGGAUAUCUUGGAUCUACAUUGUUUGUGAGGAGGAUCUACAGGAACAUAAAGUGUGACUAA